AUGGCCACCUCGGCGCAAGAUGCCAUCGGCUACGAACGGACGCAGGCCUUUCAGCUGGUCAUGGCCGUGGUCAAGGCCUUGCUGGUGAUCCUCUUCAGCGUCCACGUGCUGGGCUGCUUCUGGUUCUUUGUUGGUCGCAUCAGCAUUGAGAAUGGUCUGGAGAAUUGGCUGGUGAACUACAGGUUUGAUAGCCGCACAGGUCCCGAGCAGUACCUGGCGAGUUGUCAUUGGAUCCUAGGACAGUUCACCCCGGCACCCAGCAGCAUUCAUGCGAUGAACACCUCGGAGCGCGGCUACAACCUCUUCGUGAUCUUCUUCUCCUUACUGGUGGUGGGUAGCUGCAUCAGCCGCGUCAGUGCCACCAUUCAGCAAGUGAUCAAGCUGAACUCCGAGGUCAGUGACAGGAAGAGGUCCGUGGCCAUGUAUCUGAAGAUGAACAAGAUCAGCAUGCACCUUUGCAUCCGCGUCAUGCGCUUCGUGGAUCACAGUUUGGGACGUCACAAGGCAGCUCCCUUGGACACGUCGCUCUUGUCCUCCAACCUGAUCAAUGAGCUCCACAUGGACCGGCGGGGGCCCAUCCUGCGAAAGCACCAGAUGUACGGCUUCAUGGAGAUGAUCUCGCCCAAGGCUUUCACCCGUUUGUGCGGCCUGCUUCAGCUCAAUGUUUUUGAGGACAACGAGGUGAUCUUCGCACGCUUCAGCGAGGGCGCGGGGAUGUACAUCUUGGGGCCUGGACAUUACCAGGAGCAGACGGACGACGAGAUCUCCAACUUCCAUCAAACGGAUCAUACCUUCUGGUCCGAGAUCGCCCUGUUUAUGAACUUCCAGCAUACCACCACCGUCUGCAGCUUGCAAUUCAACGACACCUUCGUGCUCAAGCCUGCAUCCUUGGUGCAAGCCAUCCAGGAGCAUCCAGAAUGCUGCAGUUAUGUCUACCAGUACGCUCGUACCUUGCAGGGCAGGCUCAAUGCACAGGAGACUGUUGCUGAGGAAGUUUUGAGCGCAGAGGCCAUUCGGAGGUGCAGCGAAGGGACGGACGUCUAUCAAUUGCGGCACCUAUCAAAGGAAAAGAUGCUGGGGCACUUCAAGAUCAAGGGGCCUCAUCCAGGGCGCGAGGAGAUCUUGGCGUUCAUCCAGUCGGUGCUGUCCGGAGAGACCCCCGCAGGGGAAAAAACACUGAAGGACUUGGAGAGGCUCUUCCCCGAGCUCCUUCCGGAGGUGGGAACCCACGCGCUCUUCACCAGCGACACGGAGAGAUUUCGGGCGCUGAGCUGCAUGAUGAGUGCUUUGUGGUUGGCUGCUGAUCGCUAUGACGAUUUCACAUCUGGACAACCAGGAAAGAAGAAGCUGCGACCUGAACAGUGGCAACAAAUGCAGGAUUUCGUGGUGUGGACGGGCAUCAAGGAGAGACCGGACUGGAUCCAUGGUUUGCUGAUGUACCUGGCAGUGAAAGGCCUGGGUCGUUCCAAGCACCUCACGAUGCAACUGCCCAAGCAGUGCCAACAGCCCGACAGCGCCGUGUCGAAGCUCUUGGAGAACCAUCUCAAUGUGGUGCCUUCCUUCGAGAUCUUGACGGAGGAGACCGCAGACCUUGUCGCCUCGAUCUCGGAGUUGCACGAAAGCUUCGUCUUCGGGCAGUUCAUGCAAGCUGAGAACACACCGUUGAGCCUGCAAAUCCUGCGACAAAGGGCGGCAGAGCAAGAUGAGGCAGCCUACAAAUUGUUUUUGUUCUCUGCCUUGGGCAUGUUAGCCGGCAUCGGCGCGACGGCAGGAGCUACGCACUCGCCCUUCCUCACGCAAGGCACCACACUAACGGUGCUGUAUAGCCUACAAGCCUUGCAAAAGUUGCAGCUGCGCAGCAGCCAAGAGAUCUACUGGAGCUAUCUCUGUCACUGGGGCCGAUCUUUGGCAUUGUCCACGCACACCCUAGAAGAUUUGGCAUUCCUACGCCUGGCAUGUAUCUGCCGGACCAGGGAACGAAGCGCCAUGGAACUGGCCUACAGCUCCUGGGCCUCCUUGGCUUUGAGCGAACGGCAAGCGCUGACGGAGUUCUUGUUGGCGGAUGGCAUCCAUUUCCAUGCGGUUCUCUUCAGCUACCUUCCGGAUUGCUUUGCGAAUGCGCACAAGAAUCACAAGGUGGGUCUUGCCUCCAUGCUGAUUCUACUGGUGGAAUUGGUGGAAAUCACCUGGACGCAGCUGGGCAUCGGCGUGCUGCCGCACCAGGUCACGGUGCACCUUGGGGACUUGGCGGCCUUUACGGCGGCGGUGCGCAGUCGCAGCGUCUUCUUCUCCUGCCACUGGGCAUCCGAUCGCCGAUGCCGAUGCCAACUGACAACUAAGCAGCAAACAUCUACAAAAAUGGAAUGGAUAGUGGCACUCCCAAUCCCACAUGAUUGA